AUGAUAUUAUCAAGUGGAUAUUCGAAAUUAUUCAAUGGCUACCAGCCGAAUGAUAUCAACAAUCCUUCUAAAUUGCUUGUCCAAAUAGUCAUUCUUCAAUGCUUCUACUAUUUAUCAGCAUUGGUAAUGUUUGGUUUGUUUGCCUGGCUAAAUGGAUACGACUUUAAGAUAGAUUGGAUAUUCCUGUGGGAGUUAGUAGCUUCUGAUAAUGCUAUGGGACUAACCCUUUUCAUCCUUUGGCUAUUUGAUUCUUUAUUGUGUGUCUUAUUUGUCACCAUAAUUGUUGGCAGAUCAAAAUUAGCAUGGGAUUUUGCCAUCACUGUUCAUAUUAUAAAUUUAAUCGUGGUGUGGUCAUAUAGCGGGAAAUUCCCCACAUCCAUCCUUUGGUGGUGUUUACAAGUUUUGAGCGGAGUAAUAUUGGUAACUUUGUCAACAUAUUCAACCAGAUGGAAGGAGUUAAGAACCACGUUUUUUGAAAAUAUGUUAGAUCAACAGGAGUUAGGACAAGUUCAACAUACAAACAACGAGGAAUUUGAAAUGACAACUUUUCCAAAAGACAGUCUGAGUCGAGCCUAA